AUGUCUCAAGAGAAGCAUACAGCGGUGGAUCUUCUGAAAAAGAUGGGGGAUACUGUCUUGAGAAUUGAACAAAAUCUGCAGCAAAACCGACUUGACAGGAAGAGCUUCCGCAGGCUCUUGAAUGAAUACUUGCUUCGAGCCGAGUCGGAUGGGAGAUUAAUGAAUGCUGCCAGACAGGAGCCCCAUUGUGACAACCGAGGUGUAUUCCUGGCAUACACCCAUAUGGAAUUGAUCACGUGGUUGUCCAAGAACAAUUACACCCUUCUAUCAACGUCGGUAGGAUGGUAUAGCUGGCGUCAGUUUUUAUCCAAGUAUCGCAUUCCGCCAUUCUGGGAUUCGGAAAAAGCAAAGGACUUGAAAAGUCAGUUGCAUCACAUCAAGAGAAUAGCCGCUUUGGUUUACGCAGAUCUUCAGGCUUAUCAUAGACUGCUAUCCAAUAUCCUAGUGUUCCCGUGGGAGAGCCGGCUGCGCCGCCUGCAGAAGCAUAUGAAGACCUCUUUCAUCGAGGUAGUCUGGCACAAAAGGCUCUAG